AUGAGUGUCUAUGACGAAAUUGAAAUUGAGGAUAUGGAUUUUGAUUCUAGUACGAAAAUAUUUUAUUAUCCUUGUCCGUGUGGAGACAGGUUUUAAAUUACUUUGGUAUAUAUUAUAUGAGAUCAUUAGGAAUAAAUUAAAAAUAGAUUCGAUAUUGCAUAAUGUCCAAGUUGUUCUUUAUAAAUUAGAGUGAUAUUUGACAUAAAUAGUUAUGAAAUAUAUUCAAAAAUAAAAUGA